AUGGAAGCAGUGAAAGCAUGCAAUAUCUUGAUCACCGGACCCAACCAGGGCAUGGGCUUAGAAACUGUUAAGCAGCUCUUGGAGGAUUCUUGUCAAAAAGGUGAUAUUUUUUUGCAUAACCCAGAUAGAUCAAAGUCUGAGGCACUGAGAGAACUGGCCAAAAAGCAUCCAAGUGUUGUCACCCUUGUGCAACUUGAUGUAGUUGAUCAAUGGAGUAUCAAAGAGUCUGCCAAAAAAGUGGGUUCUCUACUGGGGAAGAAUGGCUUGAACCUGCUUGUGAAUAAUGCUGCUAUGUUACCACACAAAAAAAACAUGAUGACAGCCACUGUUGAGGACAUGCAAAACACCUUCAACACCAACGUGAUAGGACCUUUAUUUGUCAUUCAGGAGUACCUGCCGUACCUGCGUACAGCAGCUAAAGCCAAGGGUAGACCAGGGAUGUCAUGUAAUAUAGCAGCUGUGAUUAACAUAUCCACAGAUUCAGCUUCUAUGAGCAUUGUGCCAGUAAUGAAAGAGCCAUUCCCACCUUUCCCAUACAGCAUCAACAAGGCUCGUCUUAACAUGUUGACCAUAUAUACCGCAAGGGACUUAAAGGAUGAGAUCCUCUGCAUUUCUAUUCACCCAGGAUGGGGGAGGACAGACAUGGGGGGAGAUUAGGUAAAUCUAGAGUCAGUAAUAUAGGAAUCUCUCAGGACAGAACAGAACAUGAGGUCUGAAUCACAAAAGCACA